UUUAAGAUGUGCAAUAUUGUGUUAUUAUUUGUGUUUAUUUUAGCAUUUGUGCAAGGAUACUAUUCGACGAACCCACUAAACAACAGAGCUAUUUGUGAAAACAAAGCAUAUCCGCCAGACAUUAAAAAUGGAUGUUGUGGUAUUGACGGUUCGUUCGGAAACAAAAUUGUGGGAGGCAGUAACACAGCAAUCGACCAGUACCCAUGGGCAGCUCUUAUAGAAUACGUACCUUUGAAUACCACAUUGAUAAAACAGAAUCUAUUACUGUGCGGUGGAAGUCUGAUCAGCUCCAAGUAUGUACUUACAGCAGCGCAUUGCUUCUUCAUGAGCGAAGGUCUAGUGAAACCGGAAUAUGUACGUCUGGGCGAGUACAAUACAACAAAUAAUGGUAAAGACUGCGUAGAGGUGGAGGGGGGAGGGAUAGACUGUACGGAUCCCGUUGUUAUUAUAGAAAUAAAACGAUAUAUUCAUCACCCGCAAUACAUGUUCUAUGAAUCUAAAAACGAUAUUGCUUUAAUACAAUUGAAGAAAUCAGCACCGUAUACAGACUUCAUCAGACCAAUUUGUUUGCCAACACAUGACAUCUUCAAGUCCCCACCGGCGCGGUUGAAGCUCAGAGCAGUCGGUUGGGGCGUGAUCAAUGAUAAAUAUGAUAUAAGUGAAAUUAAACAACAUAUUAUACUGCCUUUUGUACGUGUGAAGGAAUGUCAACGUAGAUAUAUAGGAAGUAAACAUAGCCCUAUAACGGAUGAUCAGAUAUGCGCAGGUGGGGAGAAAAAUAGAGACACCUGCACUCUGGAUUCAGGUGGACCCCUCAUGUUUGAAAGCGAGGCUUCUUAUGUGCUGGUUGGUAUCACCAGCUUUGGUCCUGUACCAUGUGGUCUGGAAGACACGCCUGGAGUCUACGUUAAUGUUUACAACUACUUACCUUGGAUCCUUAACAUUACGGGCUCCUAAAAAUAUUGUUGGGCCAUUUAGAUCAUAUGGUCCUAGAUUCAAGCCCUGCAGAAGAACCAUGUUUGUACUUGUGCAUUUUGUUUUCCAUGUAUAUUACUUAUAUUUUACAAAGUCACAAUGAGAGUAUCGCAUUAUUUAAUGACUGACUUACUCUCCGGUGAUGGAAACAUCGAUUCCCGAUUGUCACAUUAGAAUUUAAUACAUCUAGUAAUAUGUAUGUAAUACUUGACGUAUUGCAUUUGCCAUCGUUGAAAAUAGACAGGGAAAGUGCUAUGAGCUUCACCGAUAAGAGCGUGGCAUUUAAAUUAUGAAUAAAUGA